AUGUCAUCCAACUCUGCGCCCACCGUGCUCACCCAGCUUCCGUUGGACGAGGACGCCCGUCCACGCUACAGCGAUGCCGAGUUGCGCGACUACUUUGAGUGCAUCAAGCUCCCACAAAAGUACCUGGACUCGGCUGUGCUGAAAGACGCGACACAGGCUGGAACCAAAGAGCAUGGGCUGCCCUUGCUGCGGGCCCUGACACGGCACCACGCAUGCAAUGUCCCUUUCGACAAUCUCGUACUGCACUAUUCGACACACAAGACCGUGACGCUUGACCUGGCGGAGCUCUACAUGAAGAUAGUUCGCCGGCGGCUCGGCGGGCGAUGUAUGGAGAACAACAGCUUUUUCGGGACCGUCCUUCGCUCGCUCGGCUAUGAAGUGCGCAACUGCGGAGGCCGCGUAGCGCGGGCAAUGAGUCCCUACCCAGAUGUCCGGCGCAAUCAGGGCUCGACUUAUGACGGGUGGAACCACAUGCUCAAUCUUGUGCGGCUGGACGACGAGUGGUACGUCGUGGACGUGGGAAUGGGCUCCAAAGGCCCCAACCUCCCAUUUCCGCUGCGCGACGGAUUUGAGACGACCAGCAUCCCCCCACGUUUAAUUCGCGUGCAGUUACGGUCUAUACCUGAGUCGUACGCGACCAACUCCGCCAACAGCAUAGGACCGCCGAAGAUGUGGUGCUUCGACGUCUGCUACGACCCAGCUGAUGACGCCAAGAAAGAGUGGGUGCCGGUCUAUUGCUUCACGGAGACUGAGUUCUUGCCCCAAGACUACGAAGUCAUGUCCUGGUUCACGUCGACAAACCCGAGAUCCUUCUUCACCAAAUACGUCACCUGCACGAAAAUGCUCAUGGACGAGGCCAAGGAGAUGAUUGUGGGUGAUGUCACCUUGUUCAAGGACACCGUCAGAGAAACCAUUGGCGCCAACCGCAAGGUAAUCAAGGAGUGUAAGACGGAAGAGGAGCGUUUGCAGGCGCUGGCUGAAAUCUUCAACGUGCAUCUGACAGACGAGGAGAAGAGGGCGAUUCCAGACGAUAGGAUAUUAGCAUAG